GGUACUCGUGCCAGACAGGACCUAGAGUCGAAAGUAGGAGGCCUGAGUUCAAAUGAUGAUUCUGAUCCUAAGUCUGUAACUAAGCUCUUUGAGUCUCAGCUCCUUCUUCUAGAGAAUGAAUGUUUUGACUAGAUCCUCCACGGGGUGAUCUUCAGCACAAAGUUUAUGACGAGACUUUCUGCACCAAGAGAGGGAAGACUGUGUAGGUACACAGCCCACAUCUGAGGCUGUGACUUGGCCUCCAGACCUUAGCGCUGAGCCCAUUCAUCCUAAAUGAUGAUCCCAUAAUUUCCUCUCCAUGCAAGUAGGUGACGGCCAGCCGCCCAAGUUAAGAGCACACUUCCUCAUGGUCCCAGGGAGUUGGCAGUCUCUAUACAAACACUGAAAACAGUGGUCUGAGUUGAUUUCUGCUGAAGUCAUUCAGUACCAUCAGUCUGCUUAGAAUGACACUAAAAGCUGGCCCAAGUAAUCUGUUAAUGGCUCCAUCUGCUAAGCAAUGAUCUCAGCUUGCAGGGGGAGAGGUCCUUCAGCCUUCCCAGAGAACACGGGCUUAUUCCUCAGAAGACAACUGACUUAAACUAAUUCCAUGAGCUUGUGCAUGCCAGUGACCCAGGAAUCUCAUGAAAAGAGGACCAGUUGGGUCAUUUUCAUCUUAUUCCUCUCCAACCAUUCUUACUAUGGUAGGACAUGAGCAAUAAGUGAUCUAAAAGAAACAAUAUAGGCAGAUGCUAAUGACGAUUUCCUAUAAAUCUCAACUAAUGUGUUUCUCGUUCAGACCUGACACGUGUCCAUUCUGAAUUUCUACGCCUCCUGGACAAUGGCUACAAAUAAUAGCUCUCGAAAGUUCAAUGGAUUUGUGGUUUAGAAAAGAUGGGUGAUAGCAGGAGGGGGAAGGGGAACAGAUUAGCUCUAAUGUCAGAAAUCUCUAGGGAGAAAAUAAUGAAGAUCCAUUUCAAGACUGAGAUGUUUUCCUACCGCAGAUCUACCACCGUUGUAAUAUGGAUGAGAAGGAAGUCUCAUUACUCGAUAGUUAUAAGCAUGUAAUAGUAGAAAACCAGAAGCCUGGAUCAGUUUGGAUCCAAAGGAACCAUUGUUUUAAGCGUCUUGGAUGUCUAGUGGAAGUAUGCAGAACUGAAUUGGGAUCCAAGCUUGGUUAUGUAGUAGACAUGCAACUAAAUAAACCUUCUGUAGGGCUGGAGAAGAAAUCAUACACUGACCCGCCUUGGAUGAUGUCCACUGAGCAAGUGCAGCCCCUGGAGCUCUCAGAAGACCGACUGGACAAGCUCGACCCUCGCUGUGGCCACUUAGAUGAUCUUUCAGACCAGUUUUUUAAGGACUGUGAUCUCAAGAAGAAGCCAAGAAAGGGGAAAAAUGUCCAAGUCACCCUGAAUGUUGAAUCAGACCAGAAAAAGCCAAGGAGAAAAGAUACACCAGCCCUGCACAUCCCACCUUUCAUUCCAGGUGUGCUUUCAGAACACUUAAUUAAAAGAUACGAUGUCCAAGAGAGACAUCCAAAGGGCAAAACGAACCCAGCUCUUCAUAACACGGACCUGGAACAGAAAAAGCCAAGGAGAAAAGACACGCCUGCCCUGCACGUGUCCCCCUUUGCAUCAGGUGUGACCCUUCUCAGGGAUGAGAGACCCAAAGUGAUCCUGGAAGAUGAUGAAAAAGACGGUGACAAGAUAGCUAUUUAAAGCGAUUUCCCUUGAGACCACGCGCAAAUAGGUUAAAUUGGUUCCCUAUGGCGACCUAGAAAAAGUAGGCUCAUUUCUGCUCUCGUUUUGUCACGUCUGCCUUUAAGAUCCAGACACCUUUUCCCCAGGAGGCAUGCUGUAUCAAAUUGCCAGUCACCUCUUUGUCCCUCUGCUCUUUCUGGACUCUGGUUUCCACUCUCACCUCUUGAAUUUUCAUUUUCUGAUGUCGUGGAAAGGAAGUGGGUCAUCCUAACUUAGGAGGUUAACAGGGAAGCUUUAGUGCUCAGUGUCUUCAUCUCCCGGAUCAAUUUAUGGAGCAAAGUAUGAGGAUAACACGGGAAUCCUUCAGACUUGACCUCACAUCAUCCAACUGCCGGUUCCAGUGCGGGCUCUCUGCUGCCGCUUAGAAAAGUGAGAAUGUUUGGGUUCUAACUCCCUGGUUACUUUGGAGAACAUGGUCUUUUGUCUCUUUUAUCCUUCCUCAAGAGUCCAAGGGUCUCUGGUGAUAUUCCUAAGAGCUUUGUAACUGUUACCCUAAAAGUGAAUAUAUGAGCUGCGGGAGUCAAGCCAGCCAAUCAUGCAUUGGUCCAAAGUAGCGCGGAUAGAGAGUGCUGGUCUGCCUGGGAAGCUUAGAAAUAUACGCUAUUUAUUUAUUUAUUUAUUCGGCUGUGCCCGCAGC